GGCCGGCGGCACGGGCCGCACGGUGCGGCGAUCUUCUCCUCGCUUCUGAGCCGACCGCCGCGCGGUCACCAUGUCGCUGGCGGCCUCAGCUGGCCGGGGUCCGGGGGCCGUGUGGUCCCCAACGCACGUGCAGGUGACGGUGCUGCAGGCGCGGGGCCUGCGGGCCAAGGGCCCCGGGGGCACGAGCGACGCGUACGCGGUGAUCCAGGUGGGCAAGGAAAAGUAUGCCACCUCGGUGUCGGAGCGCAGCCUGGGCGCGCCAGUGUGGCGGGAGGAGGCCACCUUCGAGCUGCCGCCGCUGCUGUCCGCCGGGGCCGCGCCCCCGGCCGCCGCCACCCUGCAGCUCACCGUGCUGCACCGCGCGCUGCUCGGCCUCGACAAGUUCCUGGGCCGGGCCGAGGUGGACCUGCAGGAGCUGCACCGGGACCAGGGCCGCAGGAAGACCCAGUGGUAUACCUUGAAAUCCAAACCAGGAAAGAAGGAUAAAGAGCGAGGCGAAAUUGAGGUUGACAUCCAGUUUAUGAGAAACAACAUGACCGCCAGCAUGUUUGACCUUUCUAUGAAAGACAAGUCUCGGAAUCCUUUUGGGAAACUGAAGGACAAGAUCAAGGGGAAGCAUAAGGAUAGCGCGUCUGAUACUGCUUCAGCCAUCAUUCCCAGCGUCACACCCGCUGCCGACAGUGAUGAUGAGUCUACUUCAAAAGACAAGAAAAAGAAGUCGAAGAUCAAGACCUUGUUUUCCAAGUCAAAUUUGCAGAAAACACCCCUUUCCCAGUCCAUGUCUGUCCUGCCUACUUCAAAGCCAGACAAAGUGCUGCUUCGUCCUGGAGGCUUUCAAUCCCGGUGGGAGGAUGAUGAAAAUGAGGAUGAGUCCUCCUCUGCCUCGGAUGUCCUGUCUCCCAAGAGAACAGAGAGUGCACCUCCUAAGCAACUGAACCAGAUCAAUCUCAACCUUCCCAAGAAGGAAGGACUCCCCUUUCUUGGGGGCCUCCGGUCUAAGAAUGACUUCCUUUCUCGCUCCAAUGUAUGUAUCAAUGGGAACCAUGUUUACAUGGAGCAGCCAGAAGCCAAGAGCGAGAUCAAGGACAGCUCCCCUGCCUCUUCCCCGUCCCCACAAGGCUUCAGGAAGAAGCAUUUAUUCUCCUCCACUGAAAACCUGGCCACUCAGUCCUGGAAGGAGCCCGGAGAAGGUGGGCCAGUGUCUUCCAACAGACAGUUCUUGGAGUCUUCCACAAAAGACUUUCUGAAAUCUAUGUCUCUGCCAUCCUACCGGCCUCAGGUCAGUGGGGAUAUUCAGGAGAACAUGGCUCCAGUGAGCUUGGAAGUGGCAAAAGAAACCAAGGAGAGCAAGGAAAACAAGAAGUCCUCUUUGCUGUCUCUGGUGACUGGAAAGAAGGACCCGGCUAAGGGCAGUGACGUCGGAAGCCCCCCUGCCGUCCCAGGGAAGGAGAAGGAAGGCAGGAUUAUGGAAGUCACUCCUAGGGAGGACCAGUCAGGGCCUGACGAAGACCCAGCGAAACGAUCGGAGAAGGAUACUGUGGCUAUGGUCUCUGGACGGGGCAAAUCCCUGAACCCCUUCGAGGAAGUGCCGAGCGCAGAACUGGAAGCUGACCGAGAGCCCAGGUCUGAACCCGCACCACCUGCUCCUUCUGCAAGGGCUCUGCAGACCAAAGCCGUCAAGCCUCGACUAGAAGUGUCUCCAGAGGCUCAACCCACAGCCAGGCUUUCUUCUGCCCCUGACUCUCCUCUCUUUUCUUCUGCUCUUCUUUCCACCUCUGGCCACACACCUAUCCCUGCUAAAUCGGGGCAUGGCUCAGAGACGCUGUCCUCUGAAUCUCCUUCUGGCUUCUUCUCUUUCUCAUCUCCUGUAGUGGCUCCCAUUUCCACAUCCACGCCGGUGGAAAGCUGGCCUUCCACAGCCCCGGGUCAGGCUGGGCCCGAAGAACCUUCCUUGCUCCUUAAAGUGGAAUUGCAAACGGAGAGUGUAACCCAAGUUCCAAAGACUGUUUCUUGUGCCUCGGGGUCGCUUUCCCAACAGCUACCCACUCCAGUAGGUAAAGGGACGGAGGAUUCUCCAACGAGGAAGACCAGUGAGCUGGGCCCAAGGAACACCAUCCGUAACGACUCAGCAAAGUGUCUCCUGAAGCAGCCUGAGAUCGAGCCCCGAGACCUGAGGUUGUCCCUGUCAGCACAGGCCUCUGUCCCAUCAUCUCAAGAGACCCAAGAAGUGACAUUCCCCCUUUCAGCCGCAAGUGGCGGGACUGAAAGCCCAGCUGGGAAGCCUCCGAUGGGGGAAGACACAGUCGUCUCGAGUCCAUCUGGGUCUUAUGAGGAGAAGAGAGUGGAGGACGGCAGAACGUCCCCUCUUCAGAUGGGAGAAUCGGUCCCCGCUCUUGGCUCUGCGAUGCAGACACACGAGGGCCGGAAGAGAGUCAAGAAGCGGGUGUCGUUUUCUGAGCAGCUCUUUAUGGAAGAGGAGUUAGAGAAGUCCCCUGGGUCGCUGGGAGAGGACGAAGGGAGCCCCCAGGAGCCGCUGCAGGAAGGAGCCACUGCCAGAGCUGGAUCAGACGGGGAGCCUGCUGGGCCUGUCUACACAGAGGGCUCCGAGAGGGGAGUGGCCAGUCGGGCUGAGCCAGCCUCCACAGCAGACCUGCCUCCUCUCCCCUGCGGAGAGUCUUUCUCCGAAGGCCCCUUGGGUGAAGCACGCUUGGGGAAAGACGCUCCCCUCUGUGGGAUCCAGGGAGACCAUAUGCUCAUGGCUGAGAAUCAGAGCAAAGCCAGUGACCAUGAAGGUUUGUUGUCCGAGCCCCUGGGCGGCCUUCACUCUCCCCCAGGGGUUAGCUCUCCAGUCCUGGCUGACCUGGGCUUAAGCCUUCCUUCCAUUCCUGAAGUGGCAUCGGAUGACGAAAGAGUGGAUCAGGUUGACGAUGAUGGAGAUGGAGAGACCGUGCAGGCGGCAGCCGUGGGAGCAGGGCCUUCUCCCAUGAGUGUGCCACCUGCCUGUCCUGAUUUGGAAAGGAGGCCGAGGGGCGAGGUGGGCGGGUGGGAGGUGCCUGCAGAGAGCCCGCACCACCCCAGGGCCGAGGUGCCCAGAGCAUCUGUUACAGCUGCUUCUUCGGAGCCAACCACAGCUUUGGGGAUUCAUAAAUCGGAUCUUGGCAACAGCUCACGCUCGGAUAUACAGCGGCUGGGUCCUGGCAGUGGCAAGAAGGAAGAGCUGCUGGGAAAUGGGAGGCCAAGCCAGCCUCCAGAAACGGCCCCGGAUCCUCCUGGAUCCAGCCCCUCCUUUUCUGAGACCUUUCCUGCUACGCACUCUCUCCCUAGCUACCCACACGCUGACACUCACCACACCAGUACAGCAGAAUCUCAAAAAAAAGCAACAGCAGAGGGCCCCGCUGGUAAAGUGGAAAGUUCUGGCAAGAGGAAGCCGCUUCUUCAGGCCUGGGUGUCACCCUCAGAGACACAUCCAGUCUCUGCUCAGCCGAGCGUGGGAACGGGGUCAGCCAAGCACAGACUUCAUCCCGUGAAGCCAAUGAACGCAGCAGCCCCCAAGGUUGCUAAUUCCAGCUUGGGCACUGCCACCAUCAUCAGUGAGAACUUGAUCAACGAAGCCAUGAUGAAGAAAUACAACCCGUCGGACCCUGCCUUUGCUUACGCACAGCUAACCCACGAUGAGCUGAUCCAGCUGGUCCUCAAGCAGAAGGAGACGAUAAGCAAGAAGGAGUUCCAAGUCCGUGAGCUGGAAGACUACAUUGACAACCUGCUCGUCAGGGUCAUGGAAGAAACCCCCAACAUCCUCCGAAUCCCGGCUCAGGUCGGCAGAAAGGCGGGAAAGAUGUGAAUCGUUAGCCCAUGGCACCGGGACUUCUUUGUGAGUUUGUUUCCACCGCUCCGGAGGUCAAGGACUCAGUAUGCCUGAUAACCGGCCCACAGGCUCAAAAUCGCUAUCUGUCUCCCUCGCGUGUUAUCUGGCAAGAGUCCGUUCUACCAGUUGAAACCAGGUUAAUGAUUACAAUGAAUCUUUUACUGUAUGUUCCCAGGGUUUUAUUUUUAAAUGCCACCGUGCCUUUGACUAUACUGUAAAUAUUUUAUUCUCUGAUCAGAGACGUGGUCAUAACAUCUGCUCCUGGCCCAGAGAUUCACAUGGCACAGGGGAUAUUCAUGUAUUUAACAUUGGGACAAUGUUCUUUCUUUGAUGCUGAAAUCUAAAAAUAUGUGCCCCUCCCCCCAAGUCAGUAAAGCAUGGGGUGAAAGGAGAAGGCCCGUGUGGUUGAUGUUGAGUUAACACACUUGCUUGGCUUUCGAGUAGCUCAGCAUGGUUCUCUGGCACUACAUUUUGAUACUGUGUGAACUUCCGGCUGCUUCCACUUGGGCUUGUUGAUUUGACUGAAGCAGGGGAGUUCAGUGCCUUGUAGACUUUGAACAAGCUGCCUUUUCUAAACAUCAGCUACCACUACUCUCUUGCCUUACAAUGUGCUCCUUAUCAAUGCGUAGGGCCUGUCCUAGAGACGUGAGAAGUAGAUUAGGGAAUUAGGGAGUCACUUUGCACUCAUUUAAUGGGGUUGGUCAAAGUCUCAUGAUAGCCGGGUUCCUGCUGGCUGGAGUGGCCUCCUCGGAGCCUGAUAAGGGAUGAAUGACCCAUGCACUUGCUAAAAUGGUUCCGCCAGGUAUGGAAUGAUUUUAGUAGGGCUCCUUUGGCCUCUGCUUGGCCACCUGCUUUCCUCGGCAGUACUUCCUGACAUUUCUCCUGCCUUAUCAUAAAAUGAUGAAGAGCAAGAAGGUAACACUUAGUUUUAGUUUGCUGUAUUUUUAAAUCUAGGAGAAUACCCAUAUAUUUUUUUUAGCCUGGGACAUGCCUUCACUAAUAGCACCCAGUUCCGGUCCUUCAGAUAGUUUCAUUGUUUGGAACCUAAGACUAGAAUUCGAAUAUUUCUGUGUUGGUCAGUUUCCUCUCAUGGUUGUGACAGGAUCUUAUCAAAUCUUGACCUCUCUCCUAGGGGAAGAAUAUCGCCCUGCUAGCGCGGUGGGCGGGGCUUGAGGAUUUGGGGUUGGGAUCCCUUCUCUGUCCUUAUUCUAUGGAGGUUAAGAGGCAACAUGAUUUUGGCAGCGGAACUCCUUUUCAGGAUUGCGUUUGCUGCCAUGUCAGUUUUCUCGGAGCACUUUAAUCUGAAGGAUGAUGCUGUAACUUGAUUUCUCGAAUUAGCUUUUAAUGAUCUUUAGCUAUUUUAUUUAAUACUCUCUUACAGUCAUGGGGCCCACUGUAAGCCUCUCAGAUGCCUUGUAUUUUGUAGUGCUACGAAAACCAUAUAUAAAGAGAACCAUAUAUUCCACUUGAACUCUGAAAAUGUAUAUAUUUGUUCUGCAAUAUAUAUUUUUUACUUAAUGUAUUUUGACUGUGAUAACCCCUGUAUUGGGGGCAGGCGUGGUCUGAAUUGCUCCUUGAAGGGCUGGUGUGGAGACCUGCAUUGCUCACGAGAAGUGAUUGGUCUGGAGGUCAUCCGCUGCUAGGACCUCGGGUACAUAAGUGACUUGGUCAGUGUUCGAGAGGGACGUCUGGGGAGAGGAGUGACUUCCUGUGCUCUCAAACGCCACUUGGGAACUCUGGAGAAUGAAGGACAAUUUACUUCAAGGGUGUCUGGGUUCUACCCGUGCUGGAAAAACCCCUAAUUCAUAGCAUUCCUGCACCUCCCAAAGUAGGUCACCUGGAGGUCAUUAGUAAAUGUUUUCAGGACCCUACUUUGGGGGAGAAUUUUAUCUAGGAAAAACGUUAGUCUGCUCUGAGCCAUUAGCAGGGGUCGGUGAAUCAGAGCAUCAGAGCUCCUCUAACUGGCUCAAGUUGGGGGGGGGGGGCGGGGCACACACCCAUGUUCACAGGAGACUUGGGACCCGCCUCCAGCUGCUGUAAACGCUGACCCUGCCGACGGACACUGUGAGGAAGCUGGGGAAGCCAGAGCAGCCCUCCUCCUGGCCUUGCCCGGCUGCCUCCAGAAAGAGCAGCCAGGACUUCCGGGAAGCAUCCAAUUCAAUACCAAACCCCUUGCAGUGAACUGCAGUUGGAGGUCAGAUUCCUGAAAAGAUGUCAGUCCUUUGCCCUACUGCUUGCUCUUAUCUCACUGCUCGGACCUUGACAGGCUUCUUGGGCCUCCGUCUGACUCCCGUGUGUUAGCCACCUCAGGUAGCAGAAUGGAGGAGCAAGAAAGUCUGCCCUUUGCCGCUCCUGAGUGGAGAGGCGUGUGCACGGAUGGGGGAUGGGCGUACGUGUGCAGUUUCCAGCUUUGCUAACAAGCGGGCGCUCGAAGGGCAGAGAGGAGGGAAGAUCUAUGAGGCUCAGCCACUUGCUGUGUUGAAGGCCAGAGGCAACCUGCUGUUCAGUUAGUCAAGAUCUUCCCUCCCUGGGUCCUUUUUCCCAAUUGACCUUUUUAUUUUCUUUCUGAGAACUACUAAUUAGUGAUCCCUCAAGGCUGAAAGAUUAACUGCCGUAGGUGGAGAACUUAACCUCCUGCUAGUCACAUCAGCCUCAACUCUGCUUUCUCUUUCCCAGUGAGCUACUAACUUGACCUCUUCCUCCCUCUGAUUGAAGGAUUGGGUGCCGCGUUUUUGGAUUAUAAACCUAUUCCUACCUUGUUACUUCAGGAAUUUUUAGCUUUGGUUUUGUUAUUAAGAAGUAACCUAAAAUUUCUACAACACUAAAUAAAAUGGUACUACCUUUCAAA